AUGGUUACUAUAAUCAGCACCAUGGAAACUCAGGUGUCCAACGGUCCGAGCGGAACCAGCAUGCCUAACGGCCCGGUCAUCAGCACCAACGGUGCCACAGACGACAGCAAGACCAACCUGAUCGUCAAUUACCUGCCUCAGAAUAUGACCCAGGAGGAGUUCAAGAGCCUGUUUGGCAGCAUCGGAGAGAUAGAGUCCUGCAAGCUGGUCAGAGACAAAAUCACAGGUCAGAGCUUGGGCUACGGCUUUGUAAACUACGUUGACCCUAAUGACGCCGACAAGGCCAUCAACACGCUCAACGGUCUCAAACUGCAGACGAAAACAAUCAAGGUGUCCUACGCCAGACCCAGUUCAGCCUCGAUCCGUGACGCUAACCUCUACGUGAGUGGACUGCCCAAGACCAUGAGCCAAAAGGACAUGGAGCAGCUGUUCUCACAGUACGGCCGUAUCAUCACCUCCCGCAUCCUGGUGGACCAGGUCACAGGCAUAUCAAGAGGAGUGGGUUUCAUACGCUUUGACAAGAGAAACGAGGCCGAGGAGGCCAUCAAGGGCCUAAAUGGCCAGAAGCCCCUGGGUGCUGCUGAGCCAAUCACUGUCAAGUUUGCCAACAACCCAAGCCAGAAGACAGGCCAAGCACUGCUCACCCAGCUCUACCAGACCGCCGCCCGCCGUUAUACAGGGCCCCUGCACCACCAGACUCAGCGCUUCAGACUCGACAAUUUACUAAACGCCACCUACGGAGUCAAGAGCUGUCCGUCUCUCCUCCCCAGGUUCUCCCCCAUCACCAUCGACAGCAUGACCACGUUGGCGGGCGUAAACUUGACGGGCCCCACUGGCGCUGGCUGGUGCAUCUUUGUCUACAACCUUUCUCCUGAAGCUGAUGAGAGUGUUCUGUGGCAGCUGUUUGGGCCGUUUGGUGCCGUCACCAAUGUCAAGGUCAUCCGUGACUUCACGACCAACAAAUGCAAAGGCUUUGGCUUCGUCACCAUGACCAACUACGAUGAGGCGGCUAUGGCCAUUGCCAGCCUUAAUGGCUACCGCCUUGGUGACCGUGUGCUGCAGGUCUCUUUCAAGACCAGCAAGCAGCACAAGGCUUAA